CACGCGAGGCCCAGCCGGCGCAUGCGCACCUGCGCCGCCGCACCGCAGGCGCUGGUAUUGCGCACUCGCCGCGCCGCCUGCCAGUGGUCGCUGCGCCGAGAGGGACACCGAGCGGGCAACCGGCAGCUAGCGCGUCUGGCGGCUGGAUUUGCUUCUUUUCAGGCAGAGGCGAUGAGUCUUCCGUGGGCGCUGCGGCUGCUGCUGCCGCUGGCCGCGCUGCUGGCGGCCUUGCUGCAGGCGGCGCAUGCGCAGGUGGUGGAGGCCAACGCCGGCGCCGGUGGGGGCGCCGUCUACGUCUCCAACGGCGGAGGCGGUGGAGACAAAUACUAUGGCCAAUGGAGUAUUGGAGAUAUGACAUGUUACAUUGCCAGGGACCGGGUCAAUGGGGUUUUGAAAGUUGUUAAACAAUGCAGAAAUGGCUUUCUAGGUGCCUACCAUGAUAUGACACCGGAAGAAGAAGCAAUGAUAGAUUCUGAGAUUAAAAGACUAGAGGAACAAAAAAGAAUAAUGCAAGAAAAGAUAGCAGAAAGCAAUGCUAUUUUGCAAAGUACUAUGCGUUCAAUGAAUAAUCAGAUACAAAGAAGCAUGCAAGGAUUUAAUAAUUACAUGCAUGAAAUGCAACAGAUGAUGCAACAGCAGUUUCAGAAUGCAUUUGAAUCGUUCCUAAGUGGAACUCUCCUUUCAAGAAUUAUUCCAUCAUUGAAAAUCAAAGGCACAGUGAAAAUAUUGUCAGGUGUUCAUCCAUAUUCCGGUAUUCACCCAUAUGUUAAUACACUCUGAACAUGGAUGAAUUACGUUCUUGUAUAACUACCAUAUUUUUGCAUUGUUAGACCAUUGCGAUGCAUACGUAUGUUGGUAUCAUGUAAGACUGUAAGUCUUCAUGGUUGGUAUAAUGAAGAGGUAGAACCAUGAUGCAAUUCCAAAUCGUGUAAGCUGUACGACGAGCAAUUUGGAGGUUAUAAAGUGAAGGAGGUUAUAAUUAUUCUCUUGAUUGACAAAUAAUUGAUAAUCAUGGCAAUUACGUUGUGGAAUCUGUAUGAAGCAUCACUUUUAUGUCUGAAUGCAAUUUGUGUUCUUCAUGAAGAAAGAUUUUUAGCCAAAAUUGGAUGGAGUGCUCAUCAAAAUAUACAAGGAUUCGGGGAACAACCAACUAUUAAAAAUCAAAUUUUAAAUUUAGUUCGUUCAAUCAGGAUGGUUACCAGAAUUCCUUUGAUAUUCUUAAAUAUAUUAACAAUAUUAGUGAAGCUAAUAUUAGGAUGACUUCUACAGUUUUCAAAGGACACUUUGUGUUUUCUGAACCAAAAACUAAUGAUGAAUUAUGCAAUAAAAAGAGGAUUUUUGGAAUGUUUUAGGCCCUUUGGAAAUUGUGGUGCAAUAAGUAAAUUCAAGUGUGCAAUCAACAGUAACAUCAGUAUACAAUUGUGCAGUUGCUCUUUCAAACAGUAUGUAUUAUUACUAGAAUACCCAAGUUACAGUGAACUUCUUUCCAUUGGGAUUUGAUCAAAUUCAGAUUUAAUACAUGAGAACAAAAAAUUGCUGUGGUAUUAAAAGGGAGUGCCUUUAUGAUAUGCAGAAGUUGUACAUUGUGUAUUAAGCAUUUAUAUGUACAGGAGAGUGAUUGUUUUUCAACAGGAAUGAACUGCAAUAAACCAUUAAAUAUGAAAAUACUACUUUAUUGAUAAAUUUAUUUUUAAUAUGUACAUGUAGUUUUAUUUGAAUACUAUCAUAAGGAUAAAUGCGGCAGUUAUUUGCCGUAUUCUGUAAUUCCUUGUUUGUUGUUCCGUUUUCGUAAAACAAGUGAAGAAGAAAUCCUUAAAAGCAUUUAUUGCAUUAAAACAUUUUUUGUUAGGAAUGUGACAUCCCAGCAGAUUACUGUGCUAGAGAAUAAUUAGGAAGGUUUACAUUUAUUCAGUCAAAAAAACAGUAAAAACUUUAUGUGACGUAGGGGGGAAAAGAUUAUCUGUGCACAUUUUCUUGAGUUCCAGAAUCCCUUCCUGUCAUUUUAACUGUAUGAAAGCUGAGUAAA